AUGGAACAACCUGCACAUUAUGCGCACAUCGAAGAGGAACCUGAUGGGAAACCAUGGUACUAUGAUAUUAAAAGGUACUUUGAAUCUGGAAUAUAUCCUGAAGAGGCCAACAACAAUCAGAAGAAGACAAUUCGGCGUUUAGCAAAGAAUUAUUUUCCAAGUAGGGAAAUCCUUUUUAGGAGGACUCCAGACUUAGGACUCUUAAGAUCUGUCAAUGCCGAGAAAGCCACAAAAUUAAUAAAAAAAGUACACGCCGGAGCCUGCGGGACCCACAUAAAUGGGUUUUACCUUGCUAUAAAGAUCCUGAGAACUGGUUACUUCUGGAUGACUAUGGAAAACAAUUGUAGCAAGUAUGUGCAGAAGUUCCUGAAAAGCAAGAUACACGGAGAUUCAGUUCAAAUGCCUCCAUAUGAUCUUUAUGCGAUGAGUUCACCUUGGCCUUUCGUAGCUUGGGAAUCAGUCAUUACUGAUAAUGGGGAUAACUUGAAUAGUUACUUGAUGAAUGAGAUUUGUGAUCAUUUUAAAAUUAUUCAUCGCAACUCGAUCACAUAUCGUCCACAAGAGAAUGAAGGCAUGAAAGCCUUCAAUAAUAAUAUCAAGAAGAUCUUGAGGAAAAUGAUCGAAAAUGGUAGAUCAUGGCAUGAGCUAUUGCCCUACGCUCUACUAGGGUAUCGUAUAAUAGUUCGAACCUCUACUGGGGUAACUCCUUAUCUAGUCGUUUAUGGGAAUAAAGCUGUGACACCUACCGAGGUUGAAAUGUCUUUCUUAAGGAUUAUUCAAGAAGCCGGAUUAAGUAAUAAAGAAUGGGUUUGCGCUCGCUAUGAACAAUUCAUGUUGAUUGAUGAGAAAAGAAUGGUUGUCGUGUGUCAUGGUCAGUUGUAUCAACACAGGAUGAUCUGUGCCUUCAACAAGAAAGUAAGAGCUAGAACAUUUGAAGUUGGGUAA